GGACAAUUUCGAUUCGCUAAAACCAGAGGGUGCAUCAGCAAAAAAAACCAUUUACUAAAUACUCGCGCUCGGCGGUAUUGCUCCCACUGUAUUUCCUCUGCUGCUCCCCGCAAAUCAUCAGUCGAAUCCUACGAGAAUUCGCAUGUUUUGCCUGCCCUAAAGAUUUGACCCAAAAAAUGACUCGCUUGAACAAUGGAGACGCUGAAAAUCAUCUUCAAAACGGAGACUCAGAGCCCAAUUCCAAUGCAGAGGAUGCUACAAAAUCCGCGAAAGCGAAGCGGAAGAAUGAUAUGACUUUAGAGGAUAUGUACAAUACCCCUUAUGACUUCGACGAAGAUGAGGAUGAAGACAGUGAUUGGGAACCAUUUGAGAACCAUCACGUCGUUGAAAUCGCCAAGUGGUUUUGUGUCAAUUGCACAAUAUUUAAUCUUGAUAAUUUUGACCAUUGCAAUGUAUGUGGUGAACAUAGAAACUCUGGAAUACUAAAGCAUGGAUAUUUUGCCUCUCCCUUCUCUCAGGAGGAAUGUCUCCUUCAAAACGAAACAGAAAUAGCUGAAAGAGAUAAAGGUUCAUGCUUGCAAACAAUUGCAUCGGACAAAUCUACUGCCAUAGGAUUUGACGAAAGGAUGUUGCUUCAUGAAGAAGUUGAAAUGAAGUCUCAUCCCCACCCAGAAAGGCCAGAUCGUCUUCGAGCCAUUGUGGCUAGCCUUGAAACUGCAGGUAUAUAUCCUGGAAGGUGCUUUCCUAUAUUGGCAAGAGAAAUUAAACGAGAAGAACUCCAGAUGGUACAUUCCUUGGAGAAUAUUGAAGCCGUUGAACUUACUAGCAACAUUCUCUCCUGCUACUUCACACCUGAUACGUAUGCGAAUCAAUAUUCAGCACGUGCUGCCAGGCUUGCAGCUGGCUUAUGUGCUGAUCUCGCUUCAGCUAUUUAUUCUAGAAGUGCCAAAAAUGGUUUUGCUUUGGUUCGCCCUCCUGGUCAUCAUGCUGGUGUAAAACAGUCCAUGGGUUUCUGCCUUCACAAUAAUGCAGCCAUUGCUGCAUGCGCGGCUCAGGUUGCAGGAGCUAAGAAGGUCUUAAUUAUUGAUUGGGAUGUACACCAUGGAAAUGGCACCCAAGAAAUAUUUGAGAAAAACAAAUCGGUUUUGUACAUAUCCCUGCAUAGACACGAGGGUGGAAAGUUUUAUCCUGGUACCGGAGCUGCUAAUCAGGUUGGUACCAAUGGUGCAGAAGGAUACUGUGUCAAUGUUCCAUGGAGUCGAGGAGGAGUUGGCGACAAUGACUAUAUAUUUAGUUUCAUAGAAAUAUUUUUACAAUGAUAUGCAGCUUCAGAGUUUGCCCCAGAUUUCACUAUCAUAUCAGCUGGAUUUGAUGCUGCAAGGGGUGAUCCUCUUGGCUGCUGUGAUGUUACUCCUGCUGGCUAUGCACAGAUGACACAAAUGUGCAGUGCUCUUUCUGGCGGGAAGUUAUUGGUCAUCCUUGAGGGCGGAUACAAUCUUCGUUCAAUAUCAUCCUCUGCCACUGCAGUAAUUAAGGUCUUACUUGGGGAAUCUCCUGAAUGUAAUUUGGAUAGCAUAGUACCUACUAAGGCUGGAUUGCGAACUGUUUUAGAGGUCCUAAAAAUUCAGAUGAAAUAUUGGCCUGCAAUGGAACCCAAGUUUUCUAAAUUAGAAUCAGAAUGGGGGUCGUAUGCCUUCCUUCAUGCAAAAUGGCCUGCAGAAAAACAGAAGAGAAAGAGAAGACAAGCGGCCGUGCCUAUGUGGUGGAAAUUGGGACGAAAGAGGUUGAUGUUCUGGGUCUUGCGCAAGAAGCUUCGUUCAGAAUUGAAUUGGUGCUGACUAUUGUUUGCAGAUAUUAUUGCGUCAUUUUCCCUUAGUAGAGUAGAGCUUCCAGGGUCUUCAUUGUAUUAGUGGCGAUGUUAGAAAGAGAGGUGCAUUCACACUCGCUGUUCCAAAGAAAAGGGAAAGGGAAAAUAGUAUUUCUCAUCCAUUGCUUACCGGCUUGCUAUUUUUAUGGCAAGUAACUGAAUUGUACAAUGCAUGUUUUGAUAUUUAACCAAUCCCUUUUUAGGCGAGUUCUCAGCCAGAAUAUCUGGGCUUUCGUAUUGACGAGUUUAAUCUAAUACAGGAAUGGUUGUGUCAAUAUUGAUUGACCGGACAAUUAAAAUUGUGAAAGCAUGCAAAUUGUUGGAAUUUGAGGUCAAUUCAUUCCUCUAUUAGCUUACA